AUGGGACAAGAUAGGCUGAUGCUCGCUUUUUACACUGAAGAAGGCCACGACGAGGACCAAACUUUUGCAGUGUUUUCCAAUACUUCAUCUGCAGUAUGGUAUAGUCAGCCAGUGAAUCGUGACACCGGGAUGCUUUAUGGGCAACCAGUGGUUGUUGAUACAAAAACAGUUGGCGUUGAGACUCUAGGUUGGUCUAAAGAAUCCUUAAAAGGAACAAUGGGGUAUGCAUCUCAGUCCUGUAUUAGCAUUGGUUUGAACAAGGCUAAGAGGGAAUUAUUUUUCAAUACAGCGACAAUGGAUGGAAGAGGUAAGAUCUCUGUGGGAUUUCCCGUGCAAUAUGUGGAUGGCAGAUUUUCCGCUUUAAAUUUUUACGGUGCGGAUUUUCACCUGGCUAGUAACAAUGGUCAAGUAAUUGUGGACACAAAGAUUCCUCAUACCAGCAUAAUCGUGUAUAAUGGUACUGUUUCUGUGCAAUUCAAGAACUUGAAUGGUUCUCGUGAAGAUUUGAGUGGCAACCAAUCUUGCAAGCUGGUAAAUGGAGAAAGGGGACAAUUUGAAGUGAAAAUCAAGGAGAAUAAUUUCGUUUUCUACUGCUCUGUCAUUGAAAUAGCUGGACUUGAAUCGGUGUACACUGUGGCGUUCAGUGCUCAAGGAAUGGGAAGUAAUGUCCUUAAGCAAAGCGCGCAAGCAUAUUUGCUGCUUGUGUUCUUGUUUGUUAUUGUAGUAGUUUCGCUAUGUGCUUUCAUUAUCAUAGUCUUCAAAGCUGCAAAAAGAGAGAUGUUUUUGUGUGCUGCUCUGAUCAAACAAGUGGAAUCAACUAAUCAAGCAGAGAGGAAGAGUAUAACAAAGAGUCUCGCAUUUGCUGCUGCAAGUCAUGACAUUCGUAAUGGUUUUGGAAUUAUAACUUGUCUGAUAAACCACUGUCUGAAUGAGGCAUCCCCAGAUUCUGAGACUGCAUCUAACCUGCAGCUCAUCAAUAAUGAAACCACAAGCCUUUUAGGCAUACUAAAUUCUGUUCUGGAUGCGAGCAAGAUUGAAGCUGGUAAAAUGCCACUCAAGGUAGAAGAGUUCGAUCUGGCAGAACUCCUUGAGAACAUAGUUGAUUUGCAUUAUCAUAGAGCCAUAGAAAAGGGAGUGGAUUUGGUUCUUGACCCUGGUGAUGGGUCUCUUUCAACCUUCCGUUCAGUGAAAGGUGACAAAGUGAAAAUUAUGCAGAUAGUAAGUAAUUUGGUUACCAAUGCUAUCAAAUUUACCUCAGAAGGCCAUAUCUCCGUCAAAGUUUCUGUGAGCAAACCAAGUAAAGACAGCGCCCUUAUUGUUUGUAAUCGGCACAGUCCAUUGAACUGCUUGACAAGAUUGUGCACCAAGCAAAAGUGUUGCUGCAAUACUUUGAAUGAAUUUCCAGCAAUUCAAAAGAAUCCCAAUUGCAUGGAAUUCACAUUUGAGGUGGAUGACACAGGUGUGGGGAUUCCUAAAGAUAAACAAAAACAUGUCUUUGAGAACUUUGUUCAGGUGAAAGAAACAACUUAUGGAGAAGAAGGUUAUGGCUUGGGACUAGGCAUUGUUCAAUCUAUGGUGCAUCUAAUGGGGGGAGAGAUCAAGAUUGUUGACAAAGAGGAUGGAGAAAGAGGCACUCGGUUCCAAUUCAACAUAUUUCUGACUAGCUGUGUUCCAGUAUCUGUUGUUGAAGCUGAGGAACAAGAAACCAAUACGCAAAAUCAUGGCCUUCGAAGUUAUCUUUACCAUCACUUGGGACUGCCAUUUCGGUCAUCUCCAUCUAGAUCAGAGGGAUAUCAUGUUGUCCUAUUCCUAGUUGAAGAAAAAAGGAGAAAAGUUUUAAGCAGAGCGAUUAGCAAAAUGAACAUAAAAGUUUCAGAGGUGAGUAAAAUGAACGAACUUGUUCAGACGCUUGAUAGAAUAAAGAGAAAGUUAGACCUUUCCUCUAGUUCCCUUGAGAAAUUUGAGGUAAAUCUGAAUUUAACCGCUGGUGAUACAAAUGAAGUGGCUUCAGGCACAAAGGACACACAUGAUCAUGCCAUCCCUCAUUGCAAAAGGUCUAAUUCCAAUGGCUCGUCAAACUUCAUAAUGAUAAUUAUUGAUUCUCAGGCAGGACCUCUCUCAGAAUUGAGUUCAGCUGUGGUUAACUUCAAGAAAGAUUUGCAGAAUCUUAGUUGCAAGUUUGUGUUGUUGCAAGAUCAUGUUAGCAGUAGCAGCCAGCCACCGCUUCCUCCUUUUGAUUAUGUUUUUCAAAAGCCAUUGCAUGGCAAACGUUUAUAUGAAGUGCUUAGGCUUCUAUCUGAAUAUCGAAAUACUUCAAUCCAGCAUGAUAGGACUAAGAUGGAUCAAGAAAUCGAAUUCCAAGAAUUGGAUUCAGAUGCCUUACCUAAGUGCCAACUCGAGGAGAUUGUGAUAAAUGAUUGUAACAAAAGGAGUAGUACUAGCAAGGACUUCAAAGGAAAGAAGGUUUUGGUGGUUGAUGAUCAGCCCAUAUUGCGCAUGUAUGCUUCCAAGUCUCUUCAAAAAUUAGGAGCAGAUGUUGAUGUUUCUGAGAAUGGAAAAGAGGCCUGUGAUAAGGUUUGCAAGUCUUUAAAUGGCAUGUACGAAGGUGAUGAUAAUGCCAACAAAACCUAUGAUUUUAUAUUGAUGGAUUGUGAGAUGCCGGUUAUGAGUGGGUAUGAGGCAACAAGGCUUAUACGAGUGGAGGAGAAGAAGCAUGGCAGUCACAUUCCCAUAAUUGCAUUGACUGCCCAUACUAUGGAUGAUAAGAUGAAGUUGCUUAUUAAAGAUGCUGGAAUGGAUUUUCACUUGACUAAACCCUUAAAUAUUCAACAGUUCUAUGACCUCGUUACCAAAGUACAGUUUUGA